AUGGGGACGCAGAGCCGGCUCUGGGACACCUUCAGCAGUGCUGGGAGUGCGAAGAUACUGAACGCAGAUUCCGAGGCCUGGGACCCAGCAAAUGUGAUUCCGUGUCCUGAGGUCCCUGUGCCACCCCCACGUGCUACUGGCUGGAGGAGCAAGAGCGUCCUGGAACCGGGAGUGACGGACUGCACAGCAAGCACCCUCCCUGCGGGCAGAAAGGCAGCGGGGCCAGCAGGUGGCCGGCAUAGAACACCCGUGAUGGGCCUGCUCGGGGAUGUGGAGUCUCUGAGCCUGGGCCUGUGCUGGGCCUUCAGACAGGCGCCUCUCAUCAGCACCCUGAAUCGGCGUCAGACAGGGGAGUUAGAAGCUGAAGGUUCGCUGCCCACUUCAAAAGGAUCUGAUGGUGUGGCCCGGGCCCACCAGGAAGAGAGCAAGAACGCUCCCUUCUCCCCUCCUUUGGGGUCUGCAGGACUUGGGGAUCCACUAUACUCCAGGGAGGUGGGGUCAGGGGGACAGACUGGGCCAGAGGCCUCAGCAGGCACCCCAGCCCCCGAGCAAGGGGACCCUGCUGUGGUCCCUCUCUUCAAGGCGUGGAACCAAGAAGACAUCCGGGCCCCAGAGGAGCAAAUGCGCGGCCUCAGGGAGGAGGCCUCGACCCUGGAACAGCGGCGCAGGCUUUGGCUGCUUCCUGCCAGCCUCCACUUGCACCCACACUUACUGAGCUCCCGACCCGGGAGGAUCCGCUCCCUGGACAGGUCCAGCUAUGUUGCCAGCGAGGAGAGCCGGAUCCUCGUUCUCACCGAGCUGCUGGAGAGGAAGGCCCACUCUCCAUUCUACCAGGAGGGCGUGAGCAACGCCCUGCUGAAGAUGGCGGAGCUGGGGCUGACACGGGCAGCCGAUGUCCUCCUGCGGAACGGGGCCGACCUCAACGCUGAAGACCCAGUCACCUACUACACGGCCCUGCACAUCGCUGUCCUGCGGAACCAGCCUGACAUGGUGGAGCUGCUGGUGCGCCAUGGGGCCGACGUGAAUCGGAGGGACCGGAUCCAUGAGAGCAGCCCCCUGGACCUGGCCAGUGAGGAGCCCGAGCGCCUGCCCUGCCUGCAGCGCCUCCUGGAGCUUGGGGCUGAUGUCAACGCAGCCGACAAGCAUGGAAAGACGGCCCUGCUCCAUGCCCUGGCCAGCAGUGACGGGGUGCAGAUCCACAACACUGAGAACAUCCGGCUCCUGCUGGAAGGAGGUGCAGAUGUCAAGGCCACCACCAAGGACGGGGACACGGUGUUCACCUGCAUCAUCUUCCUUCUUGGGGAGACGGUGGGAGGCGACCCAGAGGAGGCCCAGAUGAUCAACCGCUUCUGCUUCCAAGUGACACAGCUGCUGUUGGCGCACGGGGCCGACCCCAGCGAGUGCCCGGCCCACGAGUCCCUCACCCACAUCUGCCUCAAGAGCUUUAAACUGCACUUCCCGCUCCUGCGCUUCCUGCUGGAGUCCGGCGCAGCCUACAACUGCUCCCUGCAUGGGGCGUCCUGCUGGUCCGGCUUUCACGUUGUCUUCGAGAGGCUGUGUUCUCACCCGGGCUGUGCCGAGGACGACAGCCACGUGGACCUGCUGCGCAAAGCCGAGACCGUCCUGGACCUCAUGGUGACCAACUCCCAGAAGCUGCAGCUGCCUGAAAACUUUGACAUCCACCCAGUGGGCAGCCUGGCAGACAAGAUCCAGGCCCUCCACUUCUCGCUGAGGCAGCUGGAGAGCUACCCCCCCACCCUCAAACACCUGUGCCGGGUGUGCAUCCGCCUUUACCUGCAGCCGUGGCCGGUGGACGUGAAGGUCAGAGCCCUGCCGCUGCCCGACAGGCUGAAGUGGUACCUCCUCAGUGAGCACAGUGGCGCCGUGGAGGAGGCCGUCUGACCGUGCCUGGACCCAGGGAGCAGGUCUGGACAGCUUAAGCCAGCCCGCUGGAGGGUCUAAGGACCUGUGACAGCCUUAGGGACGAGGGGCCCUGUGGACUGGGGGAGGAAACUUGAUCCUCAGUGAGUAGAGCAGAGCCCCCACAUUGGGACUUUGGACUCCUGAAUUUGAGGGGCGGGCCAGGGCAUUAGCAGAAACAGAAAGGCAAAGGUGUCCCCGAGACCCACAGAAACCCGCUUUUGGGAACCAGCAGUUAGUGUAAUGGCUAUGUUGCUGGACUCCCACGUAGUCGACCGUGGUUUGCGUCCGGGACCCAGUGGCUUAAAACUCACGCCGGGC